AUCAACUGUGAUGAUGACAUCUGCAGUGAAUAUCUAUGGGACAAACGCCGGGCUUCGUAUUUUCCAGGACACAGCAAGGAAGAAGUUAUCCAGAUGAAGAUACUCCGUGAAUGGAUGUGUAACCAAGAGAAUUGGCAAACAUGCCUAAACCCCAAUUGCACACUGCAUUGGGAAGAGAAACAGAGUAACGGAUUUGGCUAA